AUGCCAGAGACUUGUUCCUCCUACACCCACCGUGGACAAACGAAGCGCGUACCAUCAGUGCGACGUUCACCGGCCAAGAGCUCACCCGCGCCAGAAAACAUGCCCUCUCCACCUUUUAGCAACGACGACAACCCGCGCCCAGCAAAGAGGAGGAAGACGGUGGAGCCCAAGGAGCGUACGGCAGAGUACCUGGACCUCUCAGGGCCUAGUGUGAAAGAAAAUGAGCUACCACAGCUGCAGCGCUUACUGAGCGUUCUGCAAAAGAAGCGCAAGAUUGUGGUUAUCGCAGGUGCAGGCAUCUCGGUUUCGGCUGGCAUUCCCGAUUUCCGAUCUGCUACGGGCCUGUUCAACACGCUCAAGAAGGAACACAAGCUCAAGUCCUCUGGCAAAGACCUCUUCGAUGCGUCUGUCUACCAGGAUGACGAGUCCACAUCGGCAUUCCACGACAUGGUGCGCACACUGUCACAGCACGCUAAAUCUGCGCAGCCUACCGCCUUCCACCUUCUUCUCGCGACCCUGGCUCAGGAAGGGCGCCUAAUGAGACUUUACACCCAGAACGUCGACGGCAUUGACACUUCACUACCCCCUCUCAGUACCCAAGUCCCUCUGCCUAAGAAAGGACCAUGGCCCAAGACUGUCCAGGUGCACGGUAGUUUAGAUUACAUGGUGUGCUCCAAAUGCCAUGCGGUGACGGAUUUCGAUGCCGAGCAAUUCAAUGGGCCUAGCCCACCUCCCUGCCCAAGCUGUGUAGAGAACGAUGAGAUCCGUCAGUUUGCAGACAAGCGAAGCCACGGCAUUGGUCGGUUGCGUCCUCGCAUGGUCCUUUACAACGAACACAACCCUGACGAUGAGUCGAUCGGUUCUUGCGCAGCUUAUGACAUGCGCAUGAGACCAGACGCUGUUAUCGUGGCUGGCACCACGUUGAAGGUACCCGGUGUGCGACGCAUAGCUCGCGAGAUGUGCAACAUCGUUCGCGACCGAAAGGACGGAGUCACAGUAUGGCUGAACAACGAUCCCGAGCCGAUGGGUAAAGAUCUCGAGGACAAGUGGGAUUUGGUAGUAAAGGGACCCUGUGAUGAAGUCGCGGGUCAUGCCAACAUGCGGCGAUGGGACGACCCGGUGGACGACGAGACAGCUGCAGACGAGGACCUGAACAAGACCAGUGAGAAGCAGAGAGUAGAAGUUAUCAUUGACACUCUUCGAAAAUCUGGUGUGCUCCGCAAUGCAGGCCAGCUCACACCCGGACAAAGCCCACGCAUACUCCCACUCUCAUUCAACGACGGGAAUCCAGAUACUCCCCCAAAGAACGGCACAAAGAGAAAGGCAGAUGUGCAAAUAGAUUUGUUUCGUAACGUCGCAACCAAUGCACGGCCAACACAGACGACGGCAGCACGUAAGAGCAAGGCGAAGAGGGAGUCCAUGACAAAGGCCUCCACCAUCAACAAUGUCUUCAAGGUUACCAAGUGUAUCAAGGGCGGGUCUGAGGUUCCUCUCUACGGGAAAAUAAGGCCUAGAUGCUAA